AAUCAUUCGGUGUGUGCUGUGUGGGACAAAUAAGAGCAGUUUUCAGAUGCUCUUAUAAUUUUUAUUAAAGAAAGACCAGUCAUUAAGGACAGGUUGUUAAAUUCAGUGUAAGUUUACCGCAAACUAAAUAAGCAUCCAGGAUUAUCAGUGGCUAAUUUACGUUCUGUAAACAUUGAUAAAAGUUAUCAUGACUUAAUCAUGUUUUUAUAAACUAAACAAUAUAUGCUUAAGUAAAAAACAGCAGCAUAUAAAGUGCACGCACAGAUCAUUUUAUAUGCAGUAAGAAUAAAAACCUAUAGCGCAUGUCCGACCUUCUUUGUCACCGUUGAUCAAAUCUAAUACCAUACCAGACAAUCGUCCUUGUAAGCACAUUUUGGAAAUCGACGGAUUACGAACGGUCCUAAAAAUUUGUAGUAAUGGGCGGUGACCUAAAGGAGUUUUUAAGGCAGGCGGCCAUGCAGGUGGGAGCCGGUGGCUCAGCUGGUUUUGUAGAAGUUUGCAUUAUGCAUCCGUUGGAUUUGGUUAAAACCAGACUUCAGUUGCAAGCAACACCUGGUGCCGGAGUGACAAAAUCGCAGGCUUAUUAUAAUGGAGUGUUCGAUUGCAUUCGAAAAAUGGCAAGAAAUGAAGGAUUUUUCUCGUUGUAUAAAGGAAUUUUACCGCCAGUAUUAGUGGAAACUCCAAAACGUGCUGUAAAAUUUUUAACAUUUGAACAAUACAAGCGAUUCUUUUUGUUCGGAGCAGAUAAGCCAACGCCACUGACGUUUUCUUUGGCAGGGCUCGGAGCCGGUGUGACCGAAGCAAUUCUAGUAAAUCCGUUUGAAAUGGUGAAAGUAACACUGCAGGCCAACAAAAACAAGGUUGGCCAAAUUCCAAGCACCUGGUCGGUAACGCGCCAAAUAAUCCACGAGUCAGGUUUCGGACUGAAUGGGCUGAACCGAGGGCUCACUGCGACGAUCGGCCGGAACGGUGUCUUCAAUAUGAUUUACUUCGGCUUUUACCACAGCGUGAAAGGGAUUCUGCCGGAGUACAAGGAUCCAGUGCAGGAGUUCCUUCGUAAAGUUGGAAUUGGCUUCGUUUCCGGUACUUUGGGAUCGUGUGUCAAUAUUCCUUUCGACGUUGCCAAGUCCAGAAUACAGGGCCCUCAACCAGUGGCAGGGCAGGUAAAGUAUAAAUCUACAUUUGGUUCGAUUGCCAUCGUAUACCGGGAAGAAGGAUUUGCUGCCCUUUACAAAGGCCUAACUCCAAAGGUGAUGCGCUUGGGCCCCGGUGGUGCUAUCAUGUUGGUCGUGUACGACUAUGUUUAUGAAUUCCUGGACAACUACUUUAAACGCUCAUAAAGUCCAAGUCUAGGGCGCGUCGUAAGAUAAAGCAAUAAUUUGUAAAUGUUGCUUUUGAACAUAUCUCAGGUAAUGCAUAUUUCAAAAGCGGACCACGUUCCGAAAAUCAUCCAUAAUGUGAUGAUUUUAAGAAGGCAUUUAAGCAUAUAUAACAAUAAAGAUUAUGUU